AUGGAUAAUUCAUCAAGAACUAACGGACCGCAAGUAUGUUCUACAGAAGUCGGAGAAAAUGAGAUUGACUACAAACAAAGAUGUAAAUAUCUGGAAAACCAACUGGAAAAAUUUCGCGAGCAGGCGACGAAAGUUCGCGAAGUCAUUGGGCAAAAGGUAAAUUGUAGUUUUCUGUUCUGUGACUAUUUUAUUUAAAUCUACUGUUCGAAUCGCUCCAUCGCAUUUAUCGAAUGGCUUUAUUUGUUUCUUUGUUUUCACAGUAUUCUUCGCGGUUUGGUAUGAUAUAAGUUAUCUCGAAAGAUCUUGAUCAUGAGUUAGUGGCGUUGUGUAUAUAGUUAUGUUUGUAUUCAAAUUAUGCCCAGCUGAUCGAUAAUAACAAGAACUUUGUUAAACAUCCAUGUGUCUUGAGAAUGCCCUUUUAAUCGCAUUCUACCGUUACGAUAUUACUUUAAAAGGUGCGCAUCUCUUCAACAUUAUCGCGGCAGCAAACAAGAUUAUAUUCAAGCACAGCUAUAGUCAACACCCAUAGCGCGGGGUUGAGACAAACCGCCAUUUAAGCAAAAAUGAAAUAUGAGAGUAAUAUAUUAAAUUGAACUUGACACCUUUGAUUUCAAUGAAACGCGAAUGUUUAGCACGGCUGAAAUUCAGAGUAAUUUUUAUGGCUAGCAUUAAAAGCUUGCGUUUUUAAUCUAGCAAAUGCGCUGUAAGUAUUGCGAUUCAUCCCUGAGUGGAUCAGAGGAGCUUGAAUCAAGCCAAUUGAAAAGUCGACUUCCCAGCUGUUAAUGAUUCAUGAAUAGUUGUUUGCACACAAAACAGCAUGCACAUAAUUUUACAAACAUCGUGUUUGGCGAAAUUCUGCUAAAACGCUCAAGGAAGCGAACACUUUUCUACACUGACAUGUUGUCGCUGAAACGACAUCUGCAGAAAACCGCACGUUGACAAGUUGUCGAUUGCUUUCAAUUUAGUCGUUAAACGAUGAAUGAUUGGAAUUUUUUCUACCAAUAUAGCCUCGAGAUUAUUUAGAACUACAUGAUUAUCUUAAGUAUGUCGCUAACAAUGCCGAAGACAAGGGAAAAUUAGAUGAAAUAUAUUAGCAAGGUUGAAAUGAAAGUGUAUACACGUGUUCUUAUGAGGAAAAUAUAUACUGGAGCGUUUUUGUUAGAUGUAAUGACAUCAAUGAUUACCUCUUUCGAAGAUACAAAAAGAUCAUGUAGAAUAUCCGAUUGUCUGUUCUUAAACUGCCCUAAAUUUGAUACAAGAUGUCUGAAAAAAUAUUUUUAGGAAUCAAAUACAACAUAUACUUAAGUUGAUAUUGAAACUACUUUAUUUUGACCGUGAGCAUUAUGUAAAUAAUUUGUCUGUGCUACAUAUUUAACAGGCAUGAUUGAGCAGCUGACGUUUCAGAUUCUUUUUUAUGUAUAGACAUGAAACUUUCAGUUUUGUGUUUAAAAAUGGCUUCUGUUCAGCUUUUAAUUUCUAAUUCCAAAAUUAUCCUGUGUCUGGACUGUGUCUUGCACAAUUGUCACCUUGGAUGGUAUUACAUUAUUUUCAGUUUUAAGUUAUACCUUUCUAGGAGUCUCAAUAAAAGGCAAUUGCUUGUUGCCAGCAUUUUAUGGCAUACUGCUGCUGCUUUCUAUUUUCUUAACUUUUCAUUUUUUUGCCAUUUGUCACAGCUACAUAUAUCAAAUCUUAUUGAGGACCUUCUUUUGAUAUUAUGAUAUUUGACACUGUUGACUAGCAAUUGACAUUUUUGUGCCUUUAAAUUCAAUCUGAUUGGAACUACAUGUAUGCCAUCAUAAUUUGAGUCAUUUUUUUGGCAUCUUUGAGUAUCAGCUUUAAAUCAAAACUUGAAACAAUCAUUUGCGAGGAAAAAUGAACACCAAAGAGGUAAGAGUUUGCCUAGAAAAGACAAGAAUGGUUUAGAAUGUAGGAUAUUAAACCCACUACAUACAAUUGAUAAUCUUGAAUAGGUUUGGCUUGAUUUUAAGUAAUGGGCAAUCGGCACACGACCUACAUGAAUGUCUAGCCGAAGCUUGACAGCUUUCGAGGCUGUCUCUGUCUUCACUUCGUAAUCAUGCAUGUUACAUGAUCAAACACACAUAACUGUUACCUAGAUUUUAGCCCCACAUAAAACUGUCUGUUCUUGAGGGAUUUUGUGAUUAUUAGGAGUAGUGACUGUUGCCUAAAUUUUAGCCUGGCAUGAAACUGUCUGAUCUUGAGGGAUUUUGUGAUUAUUAGGAGUAGUUUGGCUUUAUUUGAAGAAAGUGGUGGAAGUGUCCUUGAUUCUUACUGCUGUUAGAUUUAGACUGUAAAGCAAUUGAUCCAAUGUAAUUUCCUUCUGGCACACAACAACGUGAAAAUAUGUCUCACAAAUUUCACUAAUGUAGCAUCAUUUGUGGUCAUAAAUCUAUCCCAGAUUAUUGUGGUGAGCUGCAUAUCUCGCAUGUUAUUACAUUCCAAUUCCUACUUAUAGGCAAAUAACAGAGAGGCCUCCAUGUUUAGAUAAUCUCUUUCUACAUUUUGUCUCUGAGACAAACUUUAGAAAUAAAUUCAGUUAUUAAGAAGGAGAAGAGAUGAUUUCUACACCUAUAGGGUAUAAUUUUCAAACCAGUUUGAAAGAUUCGCUCUAACGGAUUUGCUCUGACUAACAAAGAGUUAAUGCUUAAAACGUCAGCUUUUGAAUUUCAAUGUCAUGGCCAAUUCACAUUAGUGAAUUGGUUUAUAAAGCCGAAUUAUCUUGUAAUACCCUUCAUCAAUACAGUGCCAAAGUUUCUUUAGAAACUUGACAGCUUUAUUCAUUUGUUUGAGGUUAAGUUUAAUGUAUUGAUUUUACAACAAAAGAAAACAAAGACAAACUGAUUUGAACAAUGUCAGCAUAGAUUUUAGGCUGAUAUCAAUCACUUAAAUUGGUUUAAAUAUAGUUGAUCACUUGUGUAUAAAAAAUGGUCAAACUGCAUUUAAAAGAAGUGAAAAGUGGUUGUGUGACAACUGAGAGUGAGUUCUCAGGAAGCAAUAUAUAUGCUUUGGCUUCUUUUAUUUUUUGUUCUUUUGCUCAUCAAGUUAGGAAAACAGAGAGUGAACCAAACAUAUUCACCUCAAUUUGCGCAACAAGUUCAUGUUCACAACUGAACUAGUAGGUAUGGGCUUGAAUCUUUUUCAGGCCUUAUUUCAUUUUAUAGUGUUCAUAACUGCAAGGAUCACCCAUAUUCAUUUCUUCUACCGCAGUGCACUUAUAUGAUUUUCAUAUAUUUACAGUCAUAAGUUCACAUUCAUUUGCAUCAUAUUAUUGUUGUGGGCAAUUUUUUUUCAUACAUAUAUUAAGUGUUUUAAACAAGAUUUGUUUGUGGCUAAAACCUACUUAGUUUAGAGGUAGUUGUCAUAUUUUAAAUCAGCAAUUUUUUACUUGCAGCACCUUUACACUGUGUUAACUCUUUGCUAACACUGAUUUAACAAUGUUUAAUUUUAUUUACUGCACUAAUAUCAUUGAAAAUUGUUCAAUUUUGUCUUACAAAGUUAAAAGGUAUGGAAGAACAGGCGGCAACUGCUUAUGCAAAAGCGUCGGAAUCUGCCCAAGAGGUACUAAUGCUAACACGUGAUUCAUUAACCUGUAGCACAUGCAACUUAAACAUUGAUAUUAUAGAUAGCCUUUUUUGUUUUUUAAACAAAUAAUUCUGAUUUCUCUAAUAUGUACAGCAAUAGAUAUAUUUCACAAAGUUUGAUCCUGAGUAUGUUUCUUUUGCUAUGUGUAGCUCUCGUACAUAAAAGUGUACCAAAGUGAGUCAUUACCUUAAUUUUCUGAACUGUUCUGCAGUAUAACCCUGCUUUUCAGUUACUCAUGAAAUGAACUAACUAAUGAUAAUGUAUUAAUAAAAAUUUAGGUAUACAUGUGGUAACCACUCUUGAAUUUUUGGACAUAGAACAGAUCUAAAUUUACUUUUUAAUUUGUUGUUUAUAACUUUGUUUAUUGGCUUACCUCAUUAUCAUAACUGAAAUCUAUGUUCUUGGUGAUAUAGGGGUUGAACUCUGUAUGUAACUAUCGAGGUGAAAAGCUGUUAAUUUUUAUUUCUGGCAUUUUGAAAAGAAAACUUAGCAUCUCUGGAACUAGGAGUUCUAUUUGAAUGACCCUGACAGGUUUGCUCUCCUGUUUGCAUCUCAGGUCCAGCAUUUGGAGACAUUGGUUUCGGCAAAAGAAGAAACAGUUGCACAGCUACAAGCAGAACUGGAAAAUGAGGUAUCAUUAUCAGUAUUGACCCUACUUCUUUGCUCUAGGGAGGGGUGGGAAGGGGGGGAAACUUUGCAAAUGAGACUGCACUAACCAUCUCUUUUGUGAAGAAAAAACUUUGUGUUAGCUACCUCAAUUUGUUAGUUGCUUAUACCUAGUAUUGACCCUACUUCUUAGCUGUAGGGUGGGGUGGGAAUGAGGGAAACUUUGCAAAUGACACUGCCCUAAUCAUCUCUUUUUUGAAGAAGAAACUUUGUGAUAGGUACCUUAAUUUGUUAGUUGCUUAUACUUAGCAAAAUAUUUCUUAAUAUUUCAUGCAGAAACAAAAGCGGCUCAUCCGUGAAAGAGAAGUGGAAGAAAAAGCUGCUCGUAUUAAGAGCUGGAUGCAGAAGAAGAUUUCAGAGGUACUUUUAAUCUAGAGAUGUUUCUUUUUUUCUGUGGUCUUGAAAUUGCAGAUGGUAUAGUAAACGUAUUUAAAUGUACUUGUAAGAAGUUUUUCAUAGGGAUCAACUCUGAUUACCUACAUAUAAUUCUGGUCCAAGUGCAUGUUAUUUUGUUCUUUAAUUAUGUGGAAGGAAAAGAAUCAGUCACAAGCAGGCUUUUAUCUUAUCUCUGUUAGUAUGAGGAAAAAUUAGAAGAACUGAAUAAAGAGAAUGAACAUUUAAAGACGUCCCAUAAGCAAGCCAUGGAUAUGGUCAAGGAAAUUGAGGAAAAGCUCAGAUUUUCCCAAGGUAUGCUAUAAUUUAAAAAAAUACUUUGUAGCAUCCUUACUCCUCCAACAAAAGGGAUUUCCUGUGAAGUAAUUGCUACUUUCAUGAAAUUGAUAAUGGCUUAGAAAUGCUUAGUGCAGCACUAAGCAAGUGGUACAGACAUUGCCAUAUAAAUGAUCCCUUUACUUACAAGGAUGAUGUGCUUUAGAUGUUCUUACACUAAACCUGUAUGGAGUGAUGCAAUUUCAUCUCUGGUGCAACAAGAAUUUGGAACAACAAGAUCAUAACAUGAAGCAAACCAGUUCCUUUACACAACAGCCGUUUUAUGUUCAAGUCUUUCAGGAAACAAUAUCUUUUUCUUCUUUUUUUCUUUUUUUUUUCCCAGAGUAAGUUGUAACUGUUUUCAUGUGAUGGUAUAAUGAUAGUCUCUUAACAAGACCACUACCCUCUUGAGACUCCAAAAAAAAAAACCUUUUCAAUGCAUACAUUUUUUGUUUGUUUGAGAUUUUCAUAAAUUGUAAAUAGUUACUGGAAAGCCCUUCAGGGAGAAACCUCAAUGCUAUAUCCUUAUGGUAACUUCUAAAGAAAGCUCAAAGCUUUUGUGUUUUGUAGUGCUAGUUAGCUGAUAUCAACAUUAUUAUCUUGUUUUAACAGAUCAAGUGAUGAGAUUAUCCCAUGAACUUGCAGACAUCCAGUCACAGUCUGGUGAUUAUUAUGAGCUAGAACCUGAUGCCAAUCAAGAAGAAUCUGGUUUUCGAUCAUUUCUAACUGAGGAUACUGUUGGGAAUCAGUCGCCAGUAACUUCAAUAAGCUCACAAUGUACCACACCGACACCUAUGUCACCAGAUGAACUUGUAAAAACACCAACUAAUGAUGAUAAUGAUGAUACUAGCACUUUCAUUUCGGAUCAGUCUGCCGAAAUUAAAAUUAAGAGAACUUCAAGCGGAAAAUCUCCAUCGAAAAUUCCUCGAUUUAUUGGGACUUCAGAGGAUCAAAGAGCUGCUCAGAUAUCAUAUUAUAUGUCACUCAAAAGAGGAAUGAGGAGUCCAGGAGGUUCUCAAGCAAAAUUUUUUAUACAAAUACAAGACUCACAUAAUCCCUACAUGCAAUUAACUCCAUUAGAGAGAAUGUCACAGAGGAAACAAUUUGAUAGUCAGUCAACAAUAGAUUCAGAAAUAGAUGACAGUGUCUUUGAAACUUAUCUACAACCUGUUGAACCUGGUAAUCAUGGAGAAGAAUUUCAUGCAAGGCUUGGUGAAUUAGUGACUCUACAAUUGGAGAGUGGAAGUUUAACUCCAAGUGUUGUACAAAAUGAACAAGAUUCUUUGUCAGGAAGUAGGUCAUCUGUUGGUUCCCUUACAGAGGAUGCCACCUCUGCUGAUCCAAUUUAUCAAACUCUUGAACCAGAGCUAGACUCUGUGAGAACUGACACAGAUUCAGCUGUGACUAGAAAACCCUCAGUAAAUAAUGGUUUUCCUCUGUCUCCCCUUCCUCCACCUGUUCCUCCGCGCUUUGAAUUAGAAAGUGUUGUUCCUCCCCCUGUUCCACCUGUGCCAAGAACAAACAAAGAAGAACAACUGCAAGAUGUGACUAGAUUGGAGGGAAAGUUUACCAGUUAUUUAUCAGAAACAGACCUACAAAAUGGCAAUGCUCCUGAGGGUAAUAAAGUGGAUGUUCCUGCAGCUUUGUUGCAAUCAAACAGAACUGAUUCUUGGAUGUGGAAUGAUAACUCAGGUAUAUGCUUUGUGUUUCUAACAUGAAUUGGACUUAACUGUGAAACUUUGAAAACCAUUAAGACUGGAACUACUAUCUUUUAGGAGUUCAUUGUUUUCUGAGUUUGACAGAGAAAGUGUUGUCCAAUCAAGCAUAAAUAAGAUAUACAAAUGUAAUGUGACAAUUAUGCACACAUUAUGAUUGAUUCUUACCUUUUAUAUAUUGGAGGACAGAUGGAUGGAUGACAUCACCAUUAACCCUUAAACUCCCAAGAUCUGAUUGUUAAUUCUCCUCUCUAACUGGCAUAUGAUUCCUCCUAAGUAAAUCAUGAGAAUUUGGUGUUAGAUCAAGAUAACAAAUUCUUCCUGAUGAGUUUGAGCAUUCUCAUUACCUGGUGGCUGGAUAAUGUACAGAUAUUAUAGGGAGAAGAUAAAAGCUAAACACUUCUGGGAGUUAAAGGGUUAACAACAUUUUGCUUUUCUUUUUUAAUCUUAUAAAAUAAAUAGAUUACAGUUUGCUGUGGGUCUGUAUACAAAAAAUGUAGAAAUAGAUUACAGAAGACAAAAACAUGUUUUAAUCUUUUAACUCCUAAGAUCUCAAUAGCAAUUCUCCUCACUACCUGCUGUAUAAUUCUUUUGGUGUUAUUUUGGAGAAUUUUUUUAUUGGAUCAACUGAUAAUCCCCUCAUUGAUAUUUUUCUUUAUUCUCAUCACUUGUCUGCUUGAUGUUGGUUUGAAAUAGUAAGGAGAAAUUCAGUCUUGGUCACUCAUGGGAGUUGAAGGGUUAAGAAUGUCAGUGACACUUGGUUGUGUCUCAUGUGCCACUUUUUUGUCUUAAUUCUUACCACAUUUUGACAUCAUCUUUGAUAUAUUACUGAAAAGAUGCACAGCAACAUAAAAUGUCUUAGUAUAUAUAUUGGACCUGAUGGGACUGAAGUAUGGUGCAUGUGUCAUGCAUGGUAGAUGUAUAUGGAAAUGGUUAGAGUGACAUACUUUAGCUGGAAAAACUGCAAUCAGCAAAAUUUGCAUAGCCAAUGUGAGAAUUUAAAAAUUAUCAUUUUCAAGGUCCAUAUGGUGAAUUAUUUUUUUUGGGAGGUGACAACUUUAACAACUUUUUGUUCACAGCUGGUUCAGAUACACCACCAUUUGGGACACUGGAGACGCGAAGUAAAAACCUCAACAUGUUAGCGGUAUGACAGAUGCUACUUAAUAUGACAUUACAGUGUGAUUUUAUGACUUCUUUACACAGUGUACAUACUGUUUUUAGCUUCCUCUUUGUUCAUUUUCAUAGACCUAAUGGCAGUAGUAGUGUCAAAGAAAAAUCCCAAAAGUCAAAUGACAAAUUAAAUAAAAGCUUAUUAAGUGCAAGGUACAAGUCAUGCUUCCUAAUCAUGAUCCUGUUAGUUCCCAAAUUUUUGCGUGAAAAACUGAUUGAAUUAAGUUGACUUUAACUGAUUUGUAAACUUCUUGUCUACAGUUAUUUUUAUGUGACUCUCACAUCAGAGAUGCAAGGCUUAGUUAUAUUUUGAUAACAUCAAUUUUCUCUAUUAAUCAUGAGUUAACCUUGAACAUUCUACAGGAACAAAGCUGUCCUGUGUAUACAACACUGAAAGGGGUAUGUAUAUGAGAAGAUAUAGCUUUCUUGAAUCCAUGUAUUAUGAAAGUUAGGUUGUCUUUUUUAUGGCCUAGCCAUUAAAUUUGCUCAAGUUUAUAAAUUUCUGGUACAGGAAAAAACUAUAUGCUGAAGCUAUUUAAUACUUAAUUUCUCUCCUUUGAUCCAGAGAGCUUCUCAGAUUCGAAACACACCUUUUUCUGGAGAAUCAACUGACUCCUCUGACAAUGAAAGCUCUGCAGGAGACUACUGCACUCCACCAGAUGAAGUGGUAGCAACAGAAGAACACCAUAACAUGAAACAGAACACAGAUGAGCUUCUUGAAGAAACUACACGUGUUUUGAAAACCUGUGCCACUUACACAACUGUUAGCUUGAAAAAGGUAAACACAAUAAUUUAAGGGCAUGCAAGAGACUCUCUUGAUGUAUUUUUCUUGAUAUAACACAAACUUACCUUAACCUUUCUUAAAAGGCUUGAAGGGAGAGUUACAAAUUACAUCUUGUUUGUCCAAGGGUUAAUGAAACAGUGAUUGUGGUAGCAGUGAGAUGUGGCAAGACAAGUGAUGUGCCUGUUGUCUAACUUAAUUUGUUUCGGAGAAAUUCUGUCUGCAAGACAACAGAAUGAUCAACCUAAUAUUUAGCUGUCUGAAAAGGGAAUCACCACCAGAAUAUUUUUAUUUUGAGCUUGACCUACUACAACAUCAUUAGUGUCAUGAGGGAAUACAUACAAGAAGUUAACACAAGGCUAAUGCCAUGACUGAGAUGUGAUCCAUUUACUGUGCUUAAAUGAAUGAAUCAAAGAUGGUUUCUUGUUGAUAUUUACAUAGUGCUUAAUUUACACAUGGAUGAGUAACUGCUAAAUAAGUUGUAAUGUCAAUCAGUAGUUAACCUGUGAUUAGCGUUGCUUUAAUUUGUUGUGUUCUUGAAUGUACAAUUUGUAGGAAAAUCAAGGAAAGGCAGGAUACCUUACUAAACUGGGAGGCCGUGUGAAGAACUGGAAGAAAAGAUGGUUUGUCCUUGAUGAUGGAAAUCUUUGCUACUACAAAACAGAGGUAUACACUGAACUUUAUCAACAUUUAUAAUCAGCACAUACUUUUGUCAAGGUGAUAUUUUUCUGUUCUCUGUUACCUGAAUAGGACUGUGUUUUAAGAGUUGUUAUUUCUCAGUUAGGUAAAAUGUUGUGAAUCUGAAAAACAUUAAGUCACAAAAUGUACUGAAAAUUGUGCUUGUAGUUGACAGACUCAGGGUGACACAUUCGUGAAGAUACAUGUACAGCUGUAGGUGUGAACCUCCUCUUUAAGAUUUAUUAUGGUUUACAUAUUAAUUUAUGUAUGGUUUUGAUCCAUUUCAUUGUUGCAGAAUGAUGUCAACAGGAAACCUUUGGGUAAAAUUCCAUUGGAUGGAAGCUGCAGAAUUGCACGGACUGAUGGUGCCCUGACAAUUGAGGUAAGAUUCUCAAGUAGUUACUGUUGUUACGGCCUUGUAAAAAAAUUCCUAACAUUACUUUAAGUCCGUAGACUAGUGUAGACAGUAGUAUGCAAUAGACUUGCUGCUUGUACAUGUAUUUGGAACCAGUGGGUUCAAUGAUAUUAGUGCUGUUCAGCAAAUGUUUAACUCAUACUUUUGCUCAUUAUAUUGCUUGCUUGAUUGCUAGGUUGCCACACCGAAAAGGACUUUUUACUUGACUGGAGAGACAACAGAGGUUGUGGACAGCUGGCUCAGAGGUACUCAGUUACUCUUACCUUCUUUGUAUGAUUGGUAAUAUUUCAUUUUAAUGCUCACAGUGUUCAUGCUAAAAAUGAAGAAUCCAAAGACUUUUUAAAAAUUAAAAGAUUACCAACUUCUGUUCACUUGGCAAUCACCGAGUUGGACUGUUGCAUAAAGUUUUCAAGGAAGUUACACCAAAAUAAUCCUCCACACUACCUCUUCUUUUAACCUCUCACCUCCCAGAUCUUUAAUAUCAACUCUGGUUACUAUCUGUGACACAUUUUAGCCUUGAGAAUGUGUUUUUUAUUCAAAUGAUGUCUCCUUCUUAGAUGACCCCUUUGGAUAGCAGGUAAUUUUUCUUAUCAUUGAAAACCCCUCUGCUGGAUAGCUGACGUUUGAUAUUCGUCAGAGCGAAACGUCAGAGAACUCUUUUUUAGUUUUAACCCAGUUGUUAACACUAAAUUACCUGCUAUACUCUCCCACCGACGCAGCACCACAGUUUCUUUGAAAUUCCUCUGCUGGAUAGCUUAGUGAUAUUAAAGAGAUGAUUUUGCUGAGUGAAAUUGUGAGAUUGAUGCUGAUCUUUUGUCUUUAUCAAUAAUUGGUUUCAUUUGAAUUUUGUAGUUCUCCAUAAUGUUAUGAGGAAGUUUUCAAGUACUCCAUUGUUUGCCCAAGUGAAGGAAAAAGAAAUAAUGAAAGGAUGGAUCACAAAGGUGCGAUAUUACAGCUGCAAGGUUUAUGUUGUGUGUUGUAUAUUGCAUUUGUCAGACUCCUGGCGUAUUGAAUAUAUUGUAUAACGCCCUAGUCAUUAAAAUUAUGUUCAAGUCAAAAUUUAGAUGGGUAAUUUAUGCAUCUUUUUUCUGUUUUGUGUCCCAUACAAGGUGAAGCAUGGCUCUUCGAAAAAGUGUUGGAGUGUUCUUCGUGGUCAAUAUCUUUGUUACUAUAAGAGUGAAGAUGACGCUGUAAGUAACUUUCCAAAGAUACAAGAUAACUGUGCACUUUCUGGUUAAUUAUGUGUCCCUUUUUUGGGCUCAAAUCUACAGACGGACUGGAUUGUGGAUUUAUAGCGGAUUGUCAUCGAAGAGCUUCCCAUGAGAGGGCCACAGAUAUCCAUGAAAUGUGCCAUUACCUCUGAAAUAAAUGUUUCUUUGUAUAACUUUGUUCAGAAGAAUGACUUAAUUCUUGUUUAUUUACAUGUUGCUGACAUUUGUUGAUCCAAAGUUGGAUCCUGCUACCGUAAUGUUUUAAGUGUUGAUUCGAGUUUUGCACUUUCACAGGAAGUUAAAAAAGAAUGGAUUAAACAAGUUAAUGGACCAUUGAUUCAGUAAUAAUUUGAUUAUUUAUUAAAAUGAUUGAUAAUCAUCUAACCAAAGCUGAAAUUUCCUUUAAAAUUUUAUUUGUUGUUGUUUUCACUUGUCAGAUGCCUUUUAGCAUGACCCACAUGAUUGACGUGGUGGUUGAAGAGUUGGAAUCACCCGACUCAGAGAACGGGAGCGUAAGCGAUGCAGUUCCGUAUCGUCACUUCACUUUGGUGAUGAAGUCUCUUAAACAACCUUCUACCACAUUCUUGUUGAUUGAUUCGAUUGAAGAAAAGGUAAGAAAAACGUGGAUCAUUUCUCUCUCCCUUAAAUGGGAGAGCCAACUUUCACCACCCUCCUGUGAAUGAUAAUUGUCUAAUGUGCAGCCUGAAUGCUGACACUUGAUUCAUGGGUUCGUUUUUCUCCUGCUUUAGGAUUCAUGGCUGUUCCAUCUAAAAGUGGCAUCUGGUAGUGGUAUUGAUGACAUGGGAACGGAAUUUGAAAAAAGCAUAUACCAGCUCAUCGUUGAGGAUUGUGAUCCAGGUAACAACAGCUCUUUUCCUUCAAAGGUUUUCCCUUCCCCGUUCCCGCCUGUCACGUAGGUUAGCUUUAAAUAUAGGUUAUUGCAGUUUCUUUACCAGUCUUGUAUUCUUAAUAUCCGGGUAAGGUAGUCGGUAGUUGUGACCGAUGUUUCGACAACCUAAGCGGAAGUCAUCAUCAGAGUUCUCUCGUUCUCAGGACUACCCUCACCCAGACUACACAAACAAUCGUUAGCCUCUGUCUCCUAGCGAAUUUGAACCUUCGGAUGUGGACAAGGGGCUUCCCCAUCGGCGUGGGUUUAAAUCCACUGUGACACCAGGUUUAAACCAUUAACUGUUUUUAACUAUUGCUAUAUAUAUGUUUAUUAUUUCAGAAAGUGAGAUAUGGAACAGCUAUGUGUUGACGCACAGUAAAGAGCCAAUCAUUGAACCACUCACAACUCUGCCAUCCAAGGAGUUAGGAGCUGAAGCUUUGAAACUCUUUAAGGUUGGAACAAUAACGUUAAGCUGCCGUUAUUUAUAUUAUCAAUAGAAGUCUGAAAACCUGUAGCACUUUUGGCCGUCUCUCUCUCACUGUACUUUUGAGUUCCCUUCCACUUCUUUGUCACUUCUCAGUACUCAACAGUCGAAGAAAAACAUGAUUGUUAGUUAUUUGACUGAUCCAAAUUGUUUUGUAUCCCUUUGUAUGUUAGCGAUAUAGAUGUGAUAAGCUGGUGGUUAGAACACUUAGCUAUUCUAUGAACAGUAUGGACUGAAGCCUUUCAAAUCGUGAAUGUGUGAAUGAUCCUCGUCAAGCAUUCUAAUCUUGUCUCUCUUCACCCACAUGUAUUUAUGAGGGAACUGUGAGGAUAAUCUGAUUAUAGCUCUUCGAUAACUCCUCUUUUUCCUGGUGUAGCACCUUCCCUGUUCCCUAAGGGAACAACUUCUAUCCUUCUUCGUCUGUGUCUACCAUACCUCCCAUGUAUAAACUGUAGUUGUUAACCCUUUACACCCUGACAUCAGUAUGCAUAUUCUCCAUACUGUUCUCUAUACAUCUCGUAAGGUGCUGACAAGGAGAAUUUGUUUAACAAUCAAGAGCUUCUUUAGUUGGUGAUCAGUUCGUUUAUUCUCCUGACCUUAAUGUUUGAUUUAGGAGUGAUAUGGUAAAGAGAAAUUAGAUGCUAGUCACUCUUAGGGGUUAAAGGAUUAAGGAAAGUGGAACAAUUUUUACAUGUAUUACUGAGACAGAUCGGUAAUGUUAUUGCCUUAGACAAUUUAACUCAUCGGGAUAACUGUUUGACUUAAAGCUUUAAAUAAAUUAAUAUUCUCCUCUCCCCAGUCUAUCCACUUGUUCACUACGGUACAGACACAGGAAGCAGCCAUUGACUAUCACGUGUCACUAGCCCAGAAUGCCUUGCAGACUUGUCUUGAUAACCCAGAACUUCAGAACGAGAUUUAUUGUCAGCUGAUCAAACAGACAUCGAAACACGUGCACAGAGGACCUGAAGAUCUUGGGGUGAGUUUCACAUUUUUUAUUUUAUUUUAUCGUAAUGAGCUUUGAAUAAUUCUAAUCUCCUUACUACUGAUAGUCUUCAUCUUAAGGCAUAAUAUGUUAUAAUUUCGUUAUCUUCAUCUGCUGUGAGAGUUCUCGUAAAAAUGUCAGUGAAUAACUUAUAAGCUCAAUAACAUAAUUGUCUUGGAAAUCAGGGCAUCCUGCGUUUCAGAGAUUUAUUCCUACGUCAAAUAGAGGUUCUCUUCCAUUUGUCACAUAAAAUUGACUGCCUUUGUGUAUUUUUAAAAAGGUCAACUGGGCUGAUGUUUAUGUUUAAUUAAUCCUAUUCGCAAAGUAUAUUCGUUUUGAUCACCAAAGAAAAUUCCUUCAGCAUGUGUAACCCUACACCAGAGAAUUUGCAAGUUUCCAUAAAACGUUCGCCUUACAUGGAAUUACCCAGGAUUUGCUCCCUCUUACCUAUGACAGAGAACUGAAAGACUUUAUAUUCUUUUAUAAGUGCUUAUUUAAUCAUAUUCACCUUGAUGUACAUAGUUUCACAAACUUUAUUUCUCAUGGCCACACUAGAAUAAGUAACUCCUAUAAUUUUAAAACACCAUUCUGUAAAACGAGCACUUUUCAGGCCUCCUACUUAAAUCGCAUUGUGAAACUUUGGAGUUACCCUUGUUCUUUUGCUCCUUCUUCUGGUUUUUCGAGUCCGCUCUCCUUCCAGGGUUUCGUUAAACAAACACCUUUUGACCACCCGAGAACGUCCUUUGACAUUGACUGGCCUUGCACGUGGACGCUAGUUAAAACUUGUUCGUGCCACAGAUUGCUUGUAUUUGUGAACAAACCGUAAUUGUAGAGUUUUUCAAAACUUUCUUUCCUUCAGCACUUCUUGGAACAUUGUGGCAAGUCUUCAUGGCUCAGGGAGGAGUCAUUUGACAUCGCCUCACAAGCAACCAUCGACUUGCGUCCGGUGCAAGAGUUUGUUUACAUUCAAGCGUGGCAACUCUUAUCGCUAUGUACAGCUCUUUUUGUCCCUAAACAGAAGUUCCUUCUCUUCCUCAAGGGACAUUUGAAUCGGACGUCCACUUUUAAGUAAGUACAAUGUACUUGGGUGGGAACACAUUUAUUAGGUCUCUCAGCUCCAACCAAAACAACGACUACAAAAGUGGUGUUCUGGGGGCAUUCUUUGAGUGUUUUUUUUUAAGAUUAAAUUAUUAUUUAUAUAAUUGGCUUUAAACCUCAAUUUUCAAACAGAAGUAAGUGCGAUUGGUACCGGCAAUUAAUUUCCCUUUGUUUUUGAAACUUUAACCGCGACAUAUGUUUGAAUGUUGGUUUUUGUGGGUGCCUCGACAUCUUUUUAUCGGAUUUCCAAACUUUUUUGACAUAAUUCACCACCUUGAUUCUCACCUUUUCUUUUUUUUGUCUCUGCGUAGAACAAAACUUGGAAAAUACGCAACUUACUGUAUCCGGAGCUUAGAGAGAAGUUUGCGAAAUGGGAAACGAGAAGCCAGACCGUCGAGACUGGAGGUACGGUCGUUUUGGCAAGAUUUUGCGGAACUCCGAGACAAACAUAACCGUCAAUUAGAUGAUCUGAUGAUGAUUAGUGAGGAUGACUUACAUUUAAGCUCUGAAACUCAUACUGCUCUCAUACUUACUAGUGCAGAUUAAAGCCGAUUUAAAGAGAUGGCAGAAAUUAGAAAACCAGAGACCUUUGUUUUCAAAUUUUGGGGUGCGGAUCAGUUGAAUGAAACGUUUCCGCUCGAGUGAAGAGGGAGAUAUUGAAGGGAAACAGUAGAGAGUGGGUAAUUUGCAUGUGUAAGAGACAAACACCAAACUAGUGUAGGCUUACCGUAUGAUUAGAAACAUAAUUGCUUGAGAUAUGCGAUUGUCUGCGGUGCUGCGUGCGUGGAAUAAUUUGAGAUAAGAUGAUUUUAUUUUAUCUACUGGGUUGAUAAUGUGAAUUGGCAACCGUAAAGAGAUUCUAAAACUGACGUUUCGAGCGUAAGCUUUUCGUCAGAGCGAUAUUAUCUGUAUCAGAGCGAUAUUAUCUGUAUGUUGACAGUUUUCUGAAGAACUCCUUUGUUGUUUUAUGUUUUGCCCAGGUUCUCUCAAUCUUGCUGCGGAAACCUUAUGAUCACUCGUGUCUGAUGAGCAUUCCAGUGCACUUUAUCGAUGGAUCUAGUCAAGUAAGUUUCAAAAACGAUCAUCGCACAAAUUCCUUCUUUUUUGCCAAAACGAUAUAAAUCCUUCUGUCUGUAUUAAGUACCGAAUUUAUGAAAAACACGCUAGGAAGAAAUUGUUUUCCCUCAGUUAGAACGAGUUCUCGUUUUUGUUUACCUCUUGAAGUUGUGGUCCUGUUUAUUUAUUCACCUCCACGGUUUUUUUUUUUCCGGUCACACGCCUGAUACAGCCGGUCAAUAUCUUUCUUUUUCUCCUCUUCAUUUCACUUGUUAGGUAUUUGGUUUUGAUGGUUCCACUACCAUUCAAGAGUUUUCGGAGACAAUUAACAGAGUAAGUCAACUGAAGACAAUAGAUCAUUUAUUUUAAGGCACGUGCCAUAACUCGGAACCGGCCAAAUGGCUCAGUUAACAUGAGAUGGAAUGGGCCGCCUUGUUUCUUAAGUAAAUUUUAUGCUGCGAUGGCGGACAAGAAAAGGAGAGGAACUGUGAGUGAAACCGUGCAUUUGAGUAUGGUUUUCCUUAUGAUACUGUAAUUGGUGUGGCUCGUUCUUAUUUUUAUUGAAACUGAUAAAUAUUAUCUCUGGCAGAUCGUCGGUAUUCGCUCGUCCUCGGAAAGUGGAUAUGCACUCUUCACGGAUAAUCCUUUUAACUUAGUAGAACAUUGUUUACAAGCCAAAGUCAAGGUUAGUAAUUUCUACGUUUCCGUUAACCUUUUUCAAACAUGGCUCAAUUGCUGCGUCUGUUUGACUUCCACGCUUCCGAAAGUCCUUAGCGCGAGACUUUGGUGCCUCUUAAAGUCAUCAAACGUGGUGCCAAACUCAUAAGUGGCUCUUGUAAACUAGAAGUAAGUGUGCCCGGAUGAGCAGUUUGUUGCAGAGAUUGAUUGAGUUUAAGAAGUUUCAAGUUUCCUUCCUUUUCUUCCAAUACGGAGAACACUUUUGUAAAUGACGUCCUUCUCUGUUACCAUUGUCUCCACAGCUGUGUGACGUGAUUUCGAAAUGGGAACAAGCGUUACGAAGUCAAAGCCAAGGGAAACUGGACACUAAUAGGAUGAUCAAACUCACCUACAAGAACAGGUGAAUUUUUUCUAGCGGUCUAGCAAUCCAGGUCCUUUUUUUCUGUUAUGUUAGCGAGAAAGGUUAGGGCAGUGAGUCUACGUUACGCAAGGUGGUUUUCAGUUGGGCCCAGAGAGAAAGUGCACUUCUGAUAGACUGAAUGUUUGAUUAUUUUGUGAACAUCCGUGCGCAAGCAUGAAUUCGAACUGGAUAUUUGCGUCGUGUUGGUGUUCUGGCUGAUUUCAAGGAAAAUGUAUGGUUGUUAAGGGAGAGUGAACAGAGAAAGUAGGAAAUAUGAUUGGAAAGGAUUUAAUCAUCUUCAAAUUUUUGUCAAUUGUAAAUUGUUUAGGUUACAUUUCAAGAGCCUCAGCAGCGGAGAAACAGACAAAGAAAAGUACUUCCUUGUACUCCAGGUAAUUAAGACCUUUAAUCAAAGAAAAAAUGAUAACCUCUUUUCAUCUUCGUAUCAUGAAAUAUUUAACUCUCUGUGCAUUGAAUUGUCUUCCAUCUUUGUUUCAAAACUACGUAAAAUGUCUUUAAUCCUCUAACUGUUAUGUUCGUUACAGACAAUUUCUGCACAAACGUUUGCACAAUAUCCGCGAUAUUCGCGUACGAGAUCGACGGUGGUUCGGAAUGGGUUCCGUUUCAUUAGACGUGCCAAUAACGUAAUUGUUGUUUUAAAUUUUAUGCUCAUUUGAAUUGCAGACAAAUGAUAGUAUUGUUAAGGGCCGAUUUCCUGUCAGCAAGGAGAUGGCUUUGGAAUUUGCAGCGCUUAUGGCCCAGGUAUUGGAAAUUUCUAAUUAACUUUUUUACUCACCUUCGCGUUAGUUUUUGUUUGGUUUUCUUUUAUUUUUUUCUUUUUGCAGGGGGGGGGGGGGGGUAUGGGUUGAAGAGGGGGAGGACUUAAGGUAAUGUUUCGUCCAAAAGGGAGUACUGAGUGACAUCCUGGAGAUUGAUAGCGAAGGAGACAAACGUUUGUUGACUUCUUGACAACAAUUUGUAAGUGUUUUGACUGAGAAAUGGCGUUUGUUUUCAUCAGAUCUCUUAUGGUGACUAUAGAGCACAGAGCAAUUCACUGCCGAGCAAGAGAAUCGAGAUUGUUAUCACCAAGUUUUGUGUUAAAACGCUGCGGGAAGACACAGGAAAAAGGUGGGCAACUCGCAACAAAUUGCUUGCAAAUAGUUAGCAAAAAUUUUUCUCUCGAGUUCGGAACGAAGUACACGUUAAAAUUGUGAAUUGAAUAGUUAAGUAGCGAAGGAGACCACGAAAGAUCCAGGAUGGCCGAUGAUUGAAGAGAUCUAAAAGGACUAGGAAGGAAACUUAAAACUUUCGUCAACCUGACUGCAGCUUUCUCUACUCCUUUUAGGGCACUCACACUGCGCAUGGCCGAAAAAUGGUCGACGCUGCACGGUUGGAGCGUGAAAGAGUGCGUGGACAAAUAUCUCGAGAAUGCAAGGCGAUGGCCGUUUUUCGGAUGCAGGCUCUUCCAAGCACAGGUUUGGGAUACCAAUCUUUUUGAGGCGAGAUUCACAGUAAAGUAGAGGCAAAUUGUUUCCCAAGGCGACUUGUAUUACGUAUUUUGCGGUAGCGAUAUUCAUAAUUGUUUUAAUUUAACCCCAGUGCGCGAUGUGGUAACUAACUAAAUAGGCAGUGCGCUGAACUCCCGCUUAAUAGGUCAGCCCAUAGUAUUUUCUUUGUUUGAGGGACACUUCACUCUCACCACUUCAUGUUGUGAAAACCUUGAUAAACUUCAGCAGCCAUUUAUGUUUGACGUGGUAUGCAGCGUGAAUUAACUUUUUUCACUAGUAUUAACAGCGAACUGAUCUUUAACUAUUUCAUUCCAACAGCAAAAAAAUACAGUUUCCGCUGCAAAAAAACGCGCUGCGCCUGUAGACAAUACCCAGCCAGUGUGGCUGGCAGUGGAAGAGGACAGUAUUAAUCUUCUGGAAGGAAACAGCCUGGUAAGUUUGCCAGUUCAGCUUGUAUUUGUCAGAGUCAUUGUUUCGUUUCGCUCACCCGCUCGCUUUUGCUCGUCUUACUGUCCCAAAAUUGAACAAAAUUGUCAGAUGAUGAAAUGAUCCUCUCAAGGCGUUAAGAUCCCGUAAACUUAUCCAAUCUAUUCAGUAGUAGAACUAACCCCUUCCUUCCUUCCGCCCAACUCAUGUGCCUAGUAUCCUUAGGUGGUGUUGACAAGUGCUCUUGGCUAGGAAAGUUUUGAGCGAAUAAAUAUUGCUCCUUCUUCUGUUUUUUCAGCGCUUGAUGUGCCGCUAUAGAUACAAGCACGUAGUAACAUUUGGUGGGUGGAAAGAAGACUUCAUGUUAGUUGUGAACCAGUCUAUCAUGCGUGGCGGAAACACAGUUGAGCAGGGUACCCAGAGGUUGCUGUUUGUCAUGCCCAGAGCAAAGGUAAUUCUAAUCAAAUUAAAAUUCAAUCCGGGAUUGUAUUGUUUUUGCUUCUCUGCGCUCCGUGAUUGGUCAAGAAAAGUGGCGCCAAAUUUUCAACCAAUCAGAUGCGAAGUAAAAACCGAUUGUUUGUUCCCCUUUUCCCACCCUUCGUGUAGAUUAUUUGCAAUAGACGGUGCUGAAACUUGUUUUUCUGUUACAGAUUUUGCAAAUCACCUUGCUUAUGGCGAGUUACAUCAAUGCCAUAGUCAGACAAAAAGGUAUCACAUGUGAUGCCCCAAGUAGAGCAUCUGCCACUGGACAGGCAGUGGACGUCAAAGUCUGGGACCUAGAGAGUGCCGAGUGGCCAAUGGUUCCAGGCUCCACCGUUGGACUAUUAUGAUGUCACUAUCCAUAACACUCGUGUAGUUUUUGUUUAGUAAGUGUAUAUAUCAGAUGUUGGCUUGUAAAUACUCUCUAAUUUUGAUUGCGUAUAUGUGCCGAAAACAGAAAAGUUGACUAAAAUAGUACCUUAAAAUAAUAACAAUAAUAGUAAUAAUAAUAAUAAUGGUUUAUUAGCAUAUCCAUCGGAGGGGUGGCUCUUCCAUGCUAUAAACUAACUACAAACUCACUAAAAACUCGCUACAAAAUUCAAUCUCCUUCGUAAACUAAAAAGAGUAAGAAGUGAAACUUACCUUGUAAAUCGUCGAUUCGUGUUAAUAACCCCCUGUGGCUUUUGUGACUAGUGGUGUUGAACAGAUUCACUAGGGCGGAUUGUUCGUCAAUGUAACAGUGUUCACUCCAUAAUAAAAGUUUUUACUUUUCUUCCGUCGUUGAUGCGUCGGUUUAGUUAGUUAUACAUUUCGUAGAUAAAUUAAAAAGGAAAAAAGAUAAAGUUUACUUGUCCUGUACGGACCGUAGGAAUGUUUAUAAUUGUUGGAGCCAAGCUCAGUGUAUAUAUUCGUCUAACGUGUUGAUGGUAACAGUUAUUCCAUGAGCGGGCGGUGGAUAUGAGAUGGUGGAUGUUAAAAUGUGUGCCUUGUUGGCCCCAACUGUCUUUUAUUCAACGACUGGAAAUGAAAUAACUGAAAUUACUAAAUAAGGCAAAAGAAGUAUCUCAAAAUCUUGUAUCUCGAAAGGGGCCCAUGGUAUAUUAGCUCAGAUACCAUGCUAUGUUAACCAAUUAAAACUCAGGAAUUGAAAUAUUCCAUGGCUGUAACUCAUUUGAAUUGCUGUCAUCAAAUGGCAAGGCCAAGUAACAGAAUUUGCUUAUUUCUUUGAAGUUUGUUUUUAGGUGUUUGUUUUCGUUCAUUUAAAGGAAGCUACCAACAAACUGAUGUACAAUUCUUUGCUUAAUUGUUUGUAGAGCUACACAACUUUUCUGAAAGAAUAAAAUAUGGUAAAGAAGCGCGCUGUUUUCAUUGGAAAAUACUUGUAACGUCUGGCUUAAUCGAGAGAAAGAAUAUAUAAUAUGAGUGUCGUUAGUUGAUAUUAGUUUUACAAUUUCCAUUUGAGAAAAAGAGCUAAUAAAAGCCUAUUAUGUAUGGUCGGCGAAGAAUGUGAAAAAAAUGGUGAUAAGAGAAAAAUAAGGCUAUCUAACCAUGACAUCUGGUGUGAGAGGACAUUGGUCCAUGCAGAUAUAUCAAAGAAUUACAUAAAAAAUGGGAAUAUGCAACAACAGUGC